UUGAUAUUUUUUCAGAAUAAUUACGUUCCUCGUCGCAAAGAACUUGGGCCAAAGAAAAUCGACGAACUUCACAAAGAAGUGGAGAAGGAACAGCUGGCGAAAAAGAUCGAACUGCAGAUUUACUCAGAGGAGCUGCACGCCGAUCGAGGAAGGCGUAAUCGUCAGCAGAAUCCGCCGAGGUCAUCAGGUCGGUCGUCUGGACCUAUGUCGUCUGGUAUGCGCGACAGGGACCGAGAUCGUGAUCGUGACCGAGACCGUGACCGAGAUCGAGACCGAAGCAGUCGCAGUAGCAUGAUGCCGCCUUCUGAGUCUAGAAGCAUUCACACCCCUGGUGCUUUAUCGAAGCAUCUGGAGAACAGCAACAUGCGCCUUGGACCAGCUCGUCAAGGUUGGAGCACCAAAUGUAAGACAGCACCUUCGAUGAAACCUUCCGGCACUGAACGAGAAAUGAAUCUUCAAAACAGGUCAGACUUUCGUUUGCUGUUAGCAAGUUUUUUUAUUAGCCUGUUAACGUCGAUAUACUGAUG